ACACUGAAGGCGUGUUUGUCUGUACAUGUCCGGACAGCUGCAGUUAGUGCCUACACUCUUGUCUGUUUAGGACUUUGACUUUAUCAACACAUAUUUUACACACGGAAUAGUCCAUCAUCAUGACUGACAUCUUAGCAAGAAUGAAAAAGUGCGUGGCGGAGAAGAAGAAGAAGACGGCUGUGACCCAGAGCGACCUGAACAACUUUGGUUUAAGAGGUAAGUUUAUGUUGACCGGAGAUGUCACUGAAUUGUGUACAAUGAGUAGCUAACUUAAUUUUAAGCUGAAUGUAUAAAGUGAAAUAACGUUAACUAGCUGCAUUUUUGAUGUGGACAUGGUCCCACCUCAGGUCUUGUUUUGAUGGGUGACUCACUGUGUUUCCGUUCAGUCCCCCUUCUGUAAACUCCUCACUGAUGUCUGUGUCUCCUUCUCGCAGGGAUCCAGCUGAGGUCCUACCAGCUGGACGGGGUGCAUUGGUUGACUGAGUGUCUGAGGAACCAGCAAGGAUGUAUUUUAGGAGAUGAGAUGGGUCUGGGAAAAACCUGCCAGGUGUGAAACUUCGUAGUCAUAAAGUACAAAGCUGUCGUUUUUAAGCAUGCAUUAGGGGAGAGUGAGGUAAGAUGAGCCAUUUUUCAUAUUUGGGAUCACUACAUCAAGGCAAUCAUAGUUUUGUCUCUAACUAGUGUAUCUGCAUAUAUUUCAAGAUGUUGUACAUCCCCGCAAACCAACAGGAUGAGUGUAAACAUAACGGUCUUGAUAAUAUAGCAUUUAAAAAAAAAGUGGUCUCCUAUGGUCAACUUACCCCGUGUAUGGGGUAAGUUGACCAUAGGAGUGGGGUAAGUUGAGCUGUAGCCAUACUACCCUCCACUCUCCACCCCAGCCCUCCCUCACCUUCUCUCUCCCUAAAAAACAGUCACUUCUUCACAUUCAUGUGUAUUUUUAUCUAUUAUACGUUAUUCAACUAGUACAAUAAUUAUUUUUAUUAUUAUUGCAUAUGCCUGCUUAAAAGCUGUUUUGUAAAAAGGCAUUUUAACAUGAGAAUUUCUUUAAGUGAUUCAGAACAUUCACAGCUGUAUUUUUGAAAAGAAAAAGUAACACAUUUCAACAAUCUGAACUGAAACUCUGAUCCUCUCAUCAGACUCCUUUAUUUUCUCAGUUAAACUUCUGGCUCAACUUACCCCAGAACUACUAUGAUGAUUUUAUUAGUCCUCUAAGCUAAAUGGUGGACUUUUAUGCUAGGUUUUUGACCUCAUGUUGUAGCUCAUAGAUACCACAAUUGGUCUUUUUUGGUCUAAACACAAUUCUUGUAAAACUUAUCACAGACUCAAUUCACUUUCAAGAGUGAACAAAGUUUUUUUGUAAAUCAAUGUCUAACCCCUUCACCCAUGUGCUUCUAACCUUCACAGACUCCAUGAAUUGAUGCCCAACUUCUAAAUAUUUGGUCACAUGAUCAGUUUCUUUUACCAUUUCCAAGCAACAGGAGGUGGCUCAACUUACCCUUUAGCUCAACUUACCCCACUCUCCCCUACUGACAGUUGACUGACUGAGUGACUGACUGUUUAAAUAGUCUCUGUGGAGUAUGAAGUUGCUGAUCUUGGAAAAAAAAGUUUGACCUUCAGAGUGGAUGUGUAGAAUUGUCAUCACUGCUCAAUUUCUGAUGAUAGAAAAACUAAUGUAUGUACCUGUGUAUUUCUUCAACAAGUGAGAAGUAGUUACAAUUUUUUCAAUCCAUCUAUCUUUACUGAUAAAGUCACUGCUAAGUAAGGGGUAAUGUACACUUAACUUUUUAUUAUUAUAGGGCAAUAAACCCUGACAGUGUGAUAGCAGUCUUGAAUCACCUUGAUGAGGUUUAUUUCCAUGACAAUGACCUGCUGGCUCAAAUGGUGCAAUUAAAAAAAUAAGAAUGACCUGAAAAAGUUUAUUAUUCCCCAUGAUUCAAACUUCUGUAUAUUCUAGCUUCAUCACACACAAAGUGAAAUGUUUCAAGACUUUUUUGGUGGAAUCUUGCAACUCACAAAAUAAAAAUAUCUGCCAUCUCAAAAAAUUAGAAUACUACAAAACACCAACCAAAAAAGGGUUCAUGAUACAGAGAUGUUGAACUUCUGAAAAUGAUGUUUAUUUAUGCGCUUAUUACUUGGUCAGGGCUCCUUUUGUACAAAUUGCUGCAUCAAUUUGAUGUGGUGUGAACCCGGUCAGUCUGUGGCUCUGCUAGUGUUCUGGAGGUCCAGGUUGCUUUGAUAGCUCCUUAAGCUAGUCUGUAUUGUUGCUCUGGUGACUCUCAUCUUGCUCUUAACGAUUCCCCAGAGAUUCUCUAUGGGGUUCAGGUCAGACCAGUUGGCUGGAUAAUUGAGUACAAUCAAACAACCAAGGUCAGCAAAAUAGUUUCUCGUAGUUUUGUUGCUGUGGGCAGGUGCCAGGUCAAACUGGAAAAGGAAAUACGUAUUUCCAUAAACCUUCUCAGCAGAUGGAACUAUCAUGGAUCGUGGAAACUUCACGCUGGACUUAAAGUUUUGAUUCUGAGCCUCUCCAACCAUCUUCCAGACUCUGGGACCUUGAUUUCUGAAGGAGGUGCUAAACUGACUUUCAUCUGAAAACUGGACUUUCAGACCACUGAGCAGUAGUCCAGUUCUUUUUCUUCAUAGUCCAGGGGAGACUCUUAUGAUGUGGUUUCUGGUUCACAGGCAUCGUGACAGUAGGAACACUUGUAGUCCAUUACCUGGACAAAUCUGUGUUUUGUGGCUGUUGAUGCACUGACUCCAGCCUCAGUCAACUCCUUGUGAAGCUCCCCUUAAGUUCUUGAAUCUGCUUUGUUUGUCGGUCUUCUCAAGGCUGCGCUCAUCCCUGUUGUUGGGUUACCUUUUCCUCCCACACUUUUCUGUCCCAGUAAACUUUCUAUGAAUCUGCUUCCAUACAGGACUCUGAAUACCGCCAGCCUGUUCAGUAACUAUUUUCUGUGGCUGACCCUCCUAGUGGAGGGGGUCAAUGAUGGUCUUCUGGACCAUUGUGAGGUCAGCAGUCUUCUCCAUGAUUGUGGCUGUGUGGACUGAACUAGAGUGAGAGAAUAAAGGCUCAGUAAACAUUUGCAGGUGUUCAGAGUUUAUGAACUUAUAUAAAGCUCCUUUCAAGACUUUUCAACAAUAUUUUAAUGUUUGGAGAAAGUUGAUUUCAGAUUUUUGUGAGCUGUAAUCAUCAAGAUUUAAACAAUAGUUCAAAACAGUUUUGAAAUAUUUCACUUUGAAAAAAUCAUUAAAAUAUAUAAAUUUUUUUAUUUGAAGUUAAUUUCAUAGCUUGAGUUUAAAAAUAAAAUAUCUCCAAGUCAUCAUUUAGCAGUCUGAAAUCAAAAGACAACUUGAUACUUUGCUUUUAUAGACCAGUCUCUAUUAAGUAUUCAAUGGAAUAUUGCUAUGACUGCACUACAUACAGGAGUAAGGACUAAAUAAAGGCUUUAUAAUCAUAAUUUCUCCUCUUUCAGACGAUUUCUCUUCUGGUUUACAUGUCAGGAGCUCUUGGUAAGAAAGGUCCGUUUCUGGCGCUGAGCCCGCUCUCUGUCAUGGAGAACUGGAGGAAGGAGCUGGAGUGGUAGGAUCACUAUUUUCUCGAUUUAAAUUGAAUAUUUAUGCACAACACUAUCCGUCGCUGACCCAAACUAAAUGCAUAUCUUUUUUGUGAUCUGGUAAAACAGCUUUGCUCCCUGUCUGACCGUGCUGUGUUACAAAGGGGACAAAGAGACUCGAGCUGAGAUUCAGAGGGAAACGGACACCAACGACUUCCAUGUUCUACUCACCACAUACGAGGUUUAUGGCUUUUUCAUUAAAAGCAAAACAAACUUAAGUGUCAUGUUCAUUGAACCUGAAAUGUUUUCAUUCUUUCAUUUACAGCUGUGUCUCAAAGAUGCUGCAUUCUUGCGAUGGUAGGUGUGAUUUAAAAAACUGUAUACACAAAGAUGUCAUUGAAAACUUCAACUGUAUUUUGGAUGUAAUCGCUUUCUAUAUGGAGUCUGGUGAUGUUCUUGUUCACGUUUGUUGUACUAGUUAUAUGUUCUUCUCACAAAUUAGAGGACAUUUGUAUUUAGAGGGAACACAGCCUGUGUUAUGGAAAGAGAUCUGCUGUAUUGAAGCCCUGAAACUGUCUGUGGUUCUGCAAUGAGGAUUAAACUUUUGGGAUUGUCUUUAAACAGAAACCUGGACAAGGGCUGGGCGAUAAACCGAAAAUUUACCGAUACCGAAAUUUACGACAAUAACCAACAUCAUUUUGCCCAUAUCAGUAUAUUCUCUGUCAAAAAAACCAAAUAGAUAGAAGUUGGUUUUGGAUUUGUGUAGGUAGACUAUGGUCUCAUGUCCCUUUAAGAAGCUGUCCUAUGUUGGAGACAUGACUCCACCCCAUCCAGUCCAUAACAAAGAGGGAAAGACAAGUGAGGAGACGGAGGACGGUUCAAAAGUUGGAGCAGCUGGAGCGGCGGCUGAAGAUAUUGAUUUGAGUUUUUGUUGCAAACUGUUUAGAACAAGGGAAACCUGCAAGAUUUCUCUGUAACCCCAUAACAUUGUCAGAUAAGAGUCCAAGGGCUCUGAGAUUGCUUUUUGCCAGUAGGUGGCACAGUAACAGCAAAAUUUAAUUACUGUACAAGGGGAAGUAUUAUAAUGAAUAUAUUGGCCAGCAUAUUUCUGACAAACCCAGGUAGUGCUGUGCAGUGCUGUCAUGACAACACCUCGCAUGUGUUUAUAAAUAGUUGAAUUGGCAAUUGAUGGACACACAAGUAAAAUAUUACUGAUUAUAAUCAUGUAUAACUGAAAUAACAAUCAAAAAAUUGGGUCAAACUUCACUUCAUACAGAGUUUCCUUGUUUCCAUGAACUUAGUCCUUCUCGCUCUGCUGCUCAGGUGGAAGUGGAAAGUGUUGGUGGUGGAUGAAGCUCACAGACUGAAGAACCAGAAUUCUAUGUUGCACAAAGUCCUGACUCAGGUACUUAACUUCAGCUGGCUGUCUCUUACAUCUUCUUGUCAUUAUUUUCCUGCUGUUAUUAUUGCUUCUGAGCUGUGAAUAUCUCGUGUAGUUCUCAGUUGGGUUCAAAGUCCUGCUGACAGGGACCCCGAUCCAGAACAACCUGCUGGAACUUUACUCUCUGCUCAGCUUCAUUCAGCCAAACAUCUUCUCAGAUGACGGGGCAGACGACUUUGUCAGUGCCUACUCCAACGUGGCGAAACAGCCUGCUCUAGGUACAACAGACAGGACGAGUUUAUCUAUUUGACUCAUGAUCUUCAUACAAGCAGGAAAUAUCUUGAGAGAUAAUGUAUUAAAAUGUAUUUGUCACAUAAAUUGGGAUGUAUUUACUUGUUAUGGUAACAGAGCUCUUUUUUUGCUUGUGUUAAGAUCAUCUAUAACUACUGUUUAAGUCAGAAAACCUGCACAAUGUGCUUCUCACACUGUUUCUGUGUCCAGCUGCAGAGCUGCAGAGCAUCCUGGAGCCUGUCCUGCUCCGCAGAGUGAAGUCAGAGGUGGCUGUUGAUCUACCAAAGAAGACAGAGCUGGUGGUUUACCACGGCAUGUCCGCUCUACAGAAGAAAUACUAUAAAGCUAUCCUGAUGAAGGAUCUGGGUGAGACUCCUGUACUGUGUUUAAAUUUGAAAAACUGCAUCAGUAUAUUUUGAAUAUUUGGUUCAUUGACUGAUAGUUAUAUUCUUAAACAUGCUUUUGUUGAAAAAUGACAGUUGUUGAACAUACAUGGAUUUAUUUCUUCAAAGUAUAGUUGCAACCAAUAAAAAAAAGCAGGCUGGGGUAUUAUACUUUCUCUUUUUGUGCUUAUUCUGCCCCUUGGCUUCAGUUUCAGACACACAGAUGUGCACGAUUUCUUUUUUUUUGUUAAACAAUUUCAUUAACAGUUAGGACAGAUCUAUUUUCAGUUGGCAAACAUGUCUACAUUGUUAUUUGCAUGGCAUGAAAAAAUAAUAAUGAUAAUGAUAAAAUACAUAAAAUGACAUAAAAUACAAGUGAAGAACAAAAAAAUAAAAUAAGAUUUUAGGGUGAAGUAAGAACCAUCCCAAUUCACCUUCCAAUAGACUUAUCAUGAAUGCCCUCUUGCCCCCCCCUACCCAGUCUCUCCUACUAGUAGGGGGCCAAAUUGAAUAAAAAAUUUGAUUAAUCUGUUUGCCUUUGCACUUUUUUACUCUGGGGGGCAGUUUGUAAAUGUGUCUUUUGCAAAGUGAUGUAAUUUAAACUGUACCUGAGACUGUUUUUAAAGGCCAUGAAUCAUCAAACUUUUUUCAUCUUGGAUUUUUUAGAUGCUUUUGGAAGUCAACAAGGAAACAAGAUCAAUCUGCUGAACAUCUUGGUGAAAUUGAGGAAGUGUGUUGAUCACCCGUACCUGUUUGAUGGUAAAAUAUGCUGAGUCAUAUGACAGAUGUCAUAAUACAUGCCACAAUAAAGCAAAUAUGACACUUCAUUGUUCUUCUUUGUCUUUUUAUGUGCAGGAGUGGAGCCAGAACCUUUUGAGAUGGGGGAACAUCUUGUUGAAGCCAGUGGGAAACUGUGUCUUUUGGACAGUAUACUGAAAUACCUCCACAAAGAGUGAGUGAGAGUAGCUGUCAUUGAGCGCCACCUGGUGGCCGUUUGCUGGUAUAGUUUACAACUUGGAGAAGUUCCUCAAACUUCUGGAAAGAGUUACAUCUGUAUUUCUCUUUUCCUCUUCGUGGGUGAAGCGGCCACCGUGUCCUGCUGUUCUCUCAGAUGACCAGGAUGCUGGACAUACUGCAGGAUUACAUGGAGUACAGAGGUGAACAGGGGGAGGCAUUGAUCUUGUGCUAAGUGAGACACCUUACUCACAAAGACUUAAAGCAAAUUAAACUUUUGGAGACAUUUGAAAUGCAUUUUAAAUCUACUCCUCAGCCUGUUAUUUAAAAAACAUGCUUCUUUAAUGAUGCAACAGUGCAAAAUUUUAGCCGUAUAUUUGUUAUUUUCUCCACAAAGAGGAGCCAGUUUAAACUUUUCUCUCUGCAGGCUACAGCUACGAACGCCUCGAUGGAUCUGUCCGAGGGGAAGAAAGAAACCUUGCAGUGAAAAACUUCAGCAGCAGUGAUAUUUUUGUCUUUCUGCUCAGCACUAAAGCAGGUAAUUGAAAUCUUAAAACAUAGUUAUGUCCUUAUUCUAUGUAGAAAUAAACUGAAUAUUGAUAGCUUGUAAUUUAAGUUAAAUCCAUAUCAUUGAUUGCAGGAUUUAAACUUUUUUUAACAGAAGUUUAGCCCCAAAAAAAAAAGAUGUUUUAAUUUCUUUAGAUUAGAGUUUAAUUUUUAAUAAAUUCUCGAAAGCAUCACAAAGAUCUUGAGCUGUUUAACUUUGACACUCUUUCGUUGAAGAGUAGCUUAUAGCAAUAACAAUGAGACGGUUUAAAACAUUUUCUACCUCUGUGUUGCAUUUGUGUGCACAGCCAAAGUGAAGGUUAGCCUUAUCCUGCUUUGUUAGUGAGUUCAUAGCUGCACUUUUUGAACAACACUGUGCUGAGUUUGUAGAAAACAGGAAUAACUCUAUAAAUGGCAGCAGUUUCUGAUACUUGCAAGCUUUCAGGUUUAUCUCUAUCUGUAGGAGGGUUCUCAGCAGUAGCUGUGAAAGGAAAGGGGACCGAUUGAACCGAGAUAAAAGCUGCUACAGGAUGAGACUUAGCUGUAAAUAAGGCUGUUUUUCACGCACAGUGUGAAAGUCAGAAAAGAGAAAGCUGGUUUCUUGUUCCCUCUCACUCUCUCUGUAAAACUGUUGCAAAUAUAAAAGUAAAUCACUGUGGAAAUAAAUGUACAAAUGAAGUUUGUAGAGAAUUUAUGCUGUCUGUGCAGGCGGUGUGGGUUUGAACCUGACAGCUGCAGACACAGUCGUCUUUGUCGACAGCGACUUCAACCCUCAGAAUGACCUGCAGGCUGCGGCGCGCUGUCAUCGAAUCGGCCAAAACAGGUGAUGUGUGUGAGAGGCACAAACUCAAGCGGGACUCUUUGUGGGAUGUGACAAAAGGCACAUGUCUCAGAACUUUCUUUAAAAAGGACUGAAAUUAUUCAGCAUCAAAAUGCAAAUUGGAAGAGUCUAAACUUAGGCAGCUAUCUGUGAUAAACUUUAAGUGAUAAUAUCAGAUGAUGAUUGAUGACGUAGCAAUUUCUAUUUUUAUGCAUUCCAGUGUAGAGAGUAGAUAGUAAUCAGUGAAUUCCAGUACAGACUUCCUCUCCCAUGCCCUGCUGUAUUUACAGCCAGUUUGGCAACUUGAGAAGAGACAGUGAGUUCAUGUCAAGCUAAACAGAACUGCCCCCUCAGAUGAGACCACAAAAUAAUCACCAUCAUUUCUCAGUUCAUCACACCCUCGCAGUCACACCCACUCACCCUUUUCUGAUAAGUCUAUGUUUCACUAUAAAUAGUACGUUACACAGAUGCCAUGACCCUGGCACACUUCGGGCACGUGAACCAGAAAAAAAAAAAAACUGUUUCCAUGUAGUUUUUUUUUGCAAUCAGCAAGUCACAAGUUUGCUGAAAUAAAAGCACCAUGGUGCGGAUUCAAAGUUCCUCAAAAAGUCGUUGAAAAUGUUUCAAGUCUGAAGCUUCUUUGAAGAGUUUUUGAUGGGAAUAAGAGAGACUAUUUUUAUGAUACACAAAACCAAACAAGACCAUCUGAUAUGAGAUUGAUAUUUUUUAUUUGGGGAUUUUUUAACUCCUGGAAUCAAUGUGAGGAGGUAUCAGCUGAGCUGCUGAAGGAAAAAGACUUGUUUUUACAUUUUUCACUGAAAAUAAUCACAAUAAAUGACAAAUUUGACUGUCCAAAAUCAACAGGAUGUGACUUUUUUGUGUGCAAAGACACUACUUCAGCAUGUUUGUCCACGGGGGCACCAAUAUUAAUUAAAUUUGAAAUUUGGAUCAAUAAAGUUCUUCUUCUUAAUUAACAACAAAAAUUUCUUCAGAUGAGCUUUCAGGUCUUUAAAUGUCUCAAAAAGUCUUAUUUCUACUUAUGAGAGGUCUUAGAUUUGAAAGAAAUGCAUGAGAGUGAAGCUGUGACUGCAUCUUGAUGGACAAAGGUACUGCUUGCACAGCUCAUGAAAUUGGAGGAUAUAGCCUUCUCAGUUAGGAGAGCAUACACUGAUGAACUAGUAGCUUCACAUGCUCACACUGAGUAACACCAACAGUCUAGUCUAGUCUAGUCUGACUGUCUUUUGCUUGUUACAGGCCUGUGAAAGUGAUUCGCCUGCUUGCUCGAGACACUGUGGAGGAGAUCAUGUACUCACGGGCUGUUUCCAAGCUUCACCUCACGAACACUGUCAUUGAAGAAGGACGCUUCUCUCUGCUGGACCAAGCUCAGUCAGCUGCUGCAGGACUGCAGGUACAUAAAACCCUACCAAAACCCGUGUGCUUGGUUCAUGUGUCUGCAUCCUCUUGAAUGUAAAACCUCUCCUGCUCUCUUCUUUGCCACUGCCUUGUUUCUCAUGGAUCUAGCUGGGUGAGAUCUUGAAGUUUGGGGUGGAUAAGCUUCUGUCCUCAGAGGAGGGCUCUGUGCAGGAUGUGAAACUGGAAAAGAUCCUUGGUGCAUCCAGUGACGGUCAGUGGUUGGAGGAUGAAGAAGUGAACACUCUUAGAGAAAAUGAGGAGGAGGAGGAAGAAGAUGAUUCUGAUUCUGAGGGGCAGAGUAAGUCUGAUGAAGUAGUUAUUUGAGCGUGUAAAACUUACUUUUUCUCUUAAUCCUCACCUGUAAAACUACACUUUUUAUACUUCCGACUCUAUUGUGUGUCGUGUCUUUCAGAUCACAUGUACUACUUUGAGGGUAAAGACUACAGUAAAGACCCGAGCCCUGAGGACCAGAAGAGCUUUGAGCGUUUGUUGGAGGAGCAGCUGGCUGAGUUUCAGAAAGCUGCAGGAGAGGGACGAGCUCUGAGACACAAAACCGGGGUAAGACUUUAUUUUUCCUUUAAUCACUACUGAUGGGAAGGACUCUAUUGUUCAUAUUUUCCAGAGUCUGUGGGUUCUUUGGAGAAGCGCUAGAGAAUCACAGAAACCAAAAACAUAUGUUGUCUGAUUUUUUUAAAGAGAAAUCAGUCCAAAUUUUCUGAUAAUGACAUUAAUUUUAAAUGCUGAACCAUUUUUUCUCUUAAUGUGAUUCCAGGUUUCUCUUUCUUUAGCUCUUGACAUGCCAUCGAGGAAGAGGAAAGCUCUGACUGAGGCAGAGCUGGAGAUGAGACGCCAAAGAAGAGAGGAGGCUGCUGCGAAGAGGGCCAAACUUCAGGAGGAGGCGAAAAAGAAGCAGCAAGAGCAAAAACACAAGAAAAAGUAAAAGUUGAUAAAACUUUUACUUGCAUGUUUUUAGAGCUGGUACUAUCUUCUCCUCUAACUCGCACCUUCUGUUUGGUUAUCUUGCAGGAUGGCGUGGUGGGAGUCGUGUGGCUACAGAUCACGUUGUCUUCCGUCUGCUGACAGUGAAGAGGAAGAGGAGGAGGAAGAGGAGGAGGAUGAUAGCAGUGUGUGCUCUACGGAGGAAAUCAACGCCAUCCAUUAUGUCCUGGGAGACGUAACUCAUCCUCACGCCGCUGAGAGAAAUGCCAUCGUUGUCCACUGUGUUGGUAUGAGAUUUGUUUACCAUUGCAUCAUGUUUCCUUUGAGACUCACUGCUAAAAUUGAACGUGGCGCCUCAUCUUAUGUUGUAAUCAAAGCAGUGUUUUCUGUGCAGAUGACUCAGGCCGGUGGGGGAGAGGAGGUCUGUUUACGGCUCUGGAGGUGAGAUCAGAUGAACCAAAGAAACAGUAUGAGCUAGCUGGAAAGAUGAAAGGUGAGAUCAAACAUGCAGUUUUGUUAAACCUCUCAUGUCGAUUACCCACUCUAUCUGCAAAGGCUGUCUGAGAGUGAAGCCUGUAAGUCGUAUUUUUGUUUCCCUCAGAUCUGGAGCUGGGAAACGUGCUGCUCUUCCCCAUAGACGACAAACAGUCCAGGCCGAGUGGCCAGGAUCAGGUUUGUUCUGUCAAAGUGUUACAGUGGUUUUGAUCUUUAUCCUCCUUUUUGUCUUUGUCCCCAGAUCAUCUUUGUCUCUCUAUCGUCCUCUUCAUCCCUCUGUUCUACUCAGCCAGCUUUACCAUUGUCUGUCUCGUUUUUUUUUUCUUCUAAAGCUUCAUCUCCUUCUUCAUUUUUAUCAACUAUCCUCCUGUUUCUUUUUCUUUCUCUUCCUUGUAGCUGUCUCUGUCUUUACUUUUACCAUCCUUUUCUCCAUCCUGCUCUUCUUUGUCUUUUCCCCUUUUUUCAUUUUUCAUCCAUGUCUUCAUCUGUGUGAAUUUUGGCAGCUGUUUUAGAUUUAGCCUUGAUCAUUUGACAAAAAUAUUAUCUAAUAUUUUUUUCUCUUUAUAGUUUGUUUACUUUUAUUAAAUGAAAAUGUAAACAUUUUAGUCUGGUUUUCUCUGGUAAGAAGUUCUUUUUAGUCAUUUACUGAUUCAAAACAUUUUCUGUUAGAUUAUUUCAAUGAAUCGAGAUUGUUAUUGUUGUUAAACCAAAUGCAGUGUUUCACUGUCUCCAUGCUUUAACUUGUGUAGUAUCUGAAGAGGUGUUGAGACCAAAGCCUUAAAGAGGAAUGACCCUCAAUCUAAGAGAAACCUGACUCUAAGAGAAAUGGCUGUUUGGACUUUCUUUAAAACGGGGAUGAGGAUCCAGGCUUAGCCCCUAAUGUCCUUAAGUCCAAGAAACACCCCUGGACAACACUCAGUUCACUGUGCUCUCAGCCAUGCCUUUAUCUUCAGUGAUCUGAAGCUGGUGUGAUCAUUAUUCUAAUCUGCUUCACAGCAGUAGCAACAGAAAACAGCAAACAUCAAAUGUCUAACCAACGUUACCCAGUAGCAUUAGGUAAAGUGAGAAGGACAUGUGGAAGCAGAGAGGAUUUGAUUUGUAACUCUGUUGUUUUUGUUUGAUUGUCUUAUUUUCUCACUACUAGUCUUCCUCCUGAUGUUCCUUAUCCUUGCUUCAUCCCAGCUGUCUUUCUUGCUGUCGUCUCGUCUUCUUCUUUGUCAUCUUUGCCAUCUUCACAUUUGUUUCCAUCUCUAUCUUCUUUAUCUUGUACUCUCACAGUGAUGAUGAGCACUCUCCUUUCCUCGUUGUGGGUUGCAUGCGGUGACACAAGUAUGAGGCUGUUUCAGAGCUGAUAAGACUGUGACUGUGAUAGGAUAACUCCUGUUUUUUGAUCCCCUUCCUGUCACCUCAGUUAGCCCUGAUUGUGGCUCAGCAGAGAGACAGAGCCAAUAACCUGUCUGGGAUCCUCCUUACCUCUCUUGACGAAGGACUGAAGAAAAUCUACACUGCAGCCAGGAAACACAAGGGUACAAUCAAGCACUGAAAAUUCAACUUUUCCAACAAUCAUAGAACAUUUGUCACAUGGUAUAUUAGUGAAAUCAUGACACAUUUGGAGUUCAGUCAUCUAAUCUAAAUUUAUCAUCUUAGUUGUUUACUCUUGAGCCUGUGAGAGGAUCAAAAGAAAGGAGGGGCGCGCUGUCUUUGAUCAUUGUUCAACCUGACUGACAGGAUUGAAAGGAUAUCCUGCAUGUGUGAACUUUGUGGUGCCACGGUGUGUGCACAUACUAAUGCCUGUGAACACAAUUACUGCAGAUCAAUGCGCAAAAAGAGUUCAGUUUUGCCAGCAGGCUAUUCUGCACGUCAAAUGAAGUGUCUGACAAUCAGCUGUCAUGCAAUCCCCCUCAGCAGUUUCUCUGAACUAUCUGUGUGUGUUUUCGGUUAAAGCAAGCGUUCAUCUUCCUCGAAUCGGCCACUCCACCAAAGGCUUCAACUGGUACGGCACUGAGAGGCUGAUCAGGAAACACCUGGCUGCCAGAGGCGUCCCCACAUUCAUGUAUCCUUUCACCCUCUGCAAACACUAUUGUUUUCUUAUAUCAAAGCUUCUGUGAGGAACUUUCAGCUUUUAACUGUUUUGGCACCCCUGGUGGACAAAACAGUCUUCACUUAUCUUGUCCUUUAAAUGCCUUAAGUAGUGUCUUUUGAUAAAGAACCCAGAUUCGUUUCAGAUUUUGGCAUUAAAAACAAUGAUGUAUAAAUUGUCAGUCUUCUUCCUGGUGAUUUUACUUUACCAUAAAAAGCAUCAUAGUGAUUUUAGUCUAUCUCAUGAACAUGAAAAAAUUCCUCACAGGAGCUUUAAAAAGAUGUUUUUUUGAGACGCUUAAGCUGCCCAAGAAGUUUAAUUGCUGUUUAAUAUUAAUCACUACAUGUUUCUGGUUGUGUUGCAAAACUCAUUAAAUUAUAAAAUAACUAAGAGUGUGCUGGAGGUGAACAGAUUGGUUUGAUCUUUAUUAGAUGUUUUGGCUUUUAGUUUGUUUUAGCUGAAGCUCAGCUGCAGAUCUUGGUAAUAGGUCUUACUCUAAAACGUCUAGUAAAUGGUUGGAGACAGGUUUUUCCAUCUCCAAAGAAUUAUGAUUAUACAGAACAUUUUGCAAUAAUUAAAACCCAUGGAGAGAUGUGUAGGAUUAAAUUAAACAGCGUAGGGCUCAAGUUUGGAUCUUUAUCCAUGAAGUCAUUAUUUCCCUGAACUUGACUGACAGAUAUUAUCACAGCAGAUCAGCAAAGAAAACGGCUCCACCUCAAACAUCCACCUCUGCACCUUCAACAUCAACUUCCUCUUCUGGAUCAAAUCUGCACACUUCUGGUGGUCCAACUGACGAGACAGAUGCAGAAACCCCCGGACCCUCUGUCCCUGACCAGAGCCCCGGCCCUGCGGAGCUCCCCAGCUUCAUGAGUGGUGUCCGGGUGUUUUUCUACAACCUUCCUGCAUCAGAGAGGAAGAGGCUGUCUCGUUACCUUAUCACAUAUCCUUUCAGACUCAGUGUCUCUGCCACAGAGAUGUUUAACUGCAAUUAUCUCUUAAUGUGAGAUGAAUCAUCGUGCACAGUUUAUGUCAAAGCAUGCAUAUUCAAUUUUAGAACAAGUUUCCAAAGGAGGUGUUGUCUCUCCGUGCUGAGUCAUUAUCUUUUGUGUGUAGUUUGCGUGAUUGUGUGCAGGAAAGAGGUUUGAUAUCAGCUGCAGUACUACAGAUCUAUGAAUAUGAUCAGCUCCUUAGCUUCAGUGCACAUAUGAUGGAGAUGAAGAGGAUGCCAUGAGUCCAGAGGUGACUCACAUAGUCGCAGAGGUGGAGAACAGCUUCCACACGCAGGUUUGUUACUCACUGACAUUUCUCUACCUGACCUCUGACCUCCUCGUUUGCUAUUUUGGGAAAAAGAAACAGUAGCUGUAAUUAUGCAAAAUAGCCAAGUUCAAAAAAGCCAGUGGAUCUGAAUCAACGUUAUGACUCCUUUUUUGGAAACAAUAAUUAAACUGUACUUUAUAAAUAGAAUUAUAAAUAAAGUAAUUAUUAUCAAAUUUGCCCACGGGGAUAAAUAAAGUUCUUCUUAUCUUAUAUUAUCUUAUUGUCCUAUAUAAAGUUAUAAAUAUGGCCAGAUGCAAGAUGAAAUAAAGAAAUGGGGCUCUAGUGAAUAAAUUCAUUACCAAAAAAGGCCAAAAAAAGUGCAAUACUACAAAAACAUACAAUGUUGAUUUGCCGUGGUUGAUUUGUCCCUAAUUCUAAUAGGGGCAUUUGAAACCUGACGGGAAUAUAAGGGUGCUGUAUAUGUUUGUCUGACUGUAGGAAGUGAAGGACCUGAUCCUGACAGCUUUUAUUGAGUUGAUUUGAAUGUGGUGAAUUGGUUUGGUACAGAAAAAAGAAAAUUCAGUUUUUCUCAUCAGCACUGCAUAUUUGAAGUAAAAAGUGGCAUAACUCAGCUGACAGAAUAAAGACUAAUAAAAUAGCCUCAGAGGAACUUUUGGAAAAACGUGGGCAAGGCUGUUAGUUUUAUCCCUUUGCUGACUUUAUCCUGUAUUCGUAAAAGUAGCGAUUUUUUCACAUGAAUCUUAACUCUAUUUAACCUUCAAAUGUUAGUCAUCAGUCAGCAUUAGUGGUUUUAGACAUUAUAAAUAACUAAUAUUUUUCUCUUUUGUAGGUUAUAAAAAGGCACAAAUAUUAGCGUGUGUUAGCCAUUUUAAUCACAUUUAAAAUUGAUGUGAAACGCAUAAAUUAUCAAACCACAUAGUAAGUAAACUUUAUUUAUAUAGCACUUUCACAGACAAGAAGUCACAAAGCCCUUAGCAUAAACAAACAGCGAAAAUGGACAUUCAAAUUUAAAAGGCCAAGACAACAACAUUAACAAUCAUGGCAGCCCCCAAAAAACUAAACAAAAGCCUGGGCACAUCACAUCACAGUACUCAUAUUUGUAAAAUGAGCGCUUUUCUUACCCAAAUUACUCUGAUUCAUUUUAUUUAUUUAUUUUUGCUGUUGUUUUUGUGUGCAAACCAGGAGCUCCAGGAUCUGGUGUGUCAGUACUCUCAGGCCCUCCCGGUGCAGAAAGUCUGGCUGGAGUCCUGCUUCUCCAAACAACGCAAAGUCAACACUGAGCCUUUCAUACAUCCGCUCAGAUAAAACUGCUUCAUAAAUGGUUUUAAAUCUGUAAAAUGCUAUGUAUCAAGUGUGGAUGAAACCAGUUUGAAAAUGCACUAAAUGUCAAAAACAGUUUAUACAUGCGAUUUUAAAUGAAAAAAAACCAGGAGUU